AGGCAUAAUUAAUGUUUGGCGAAGCUGUGAUGUUUAUGUUGUAACGGUCUAGGACUUUUUCCGGUCAUAUGACGAGUCGUGUCGAUUGUUACUGGGGAAGAGGAAGAAGGGAGAAUGAAAAUAUGACUGGACGUGUUCACCGUCUAUGAUAUCGCUACACCCUUACUUCAGCAUAACGUAGAUGUACGAAGUUGUAAACGCUCGUGCUGAGCUAUUGUUCUGCUCACCAGAUCUUGUGUUUCGUAACCUCCUCGUCGUCGUCGUCCUCGCGUGGUUUGCUUAAGGUCCCUUUUAAUACUGUGGUUUGUGUUCUCGAUAACAUCUCGUAAUCAGGCAACGGUGAACUCCUGGACUUGUAUCAGUUGAUGUGAAAGUAUAAAGGUAAGAAGGUAAAGUUUGGAGAUGAAGUGAUUGAGCUAGCAUACUUAAAAUGAUUUCAAGUCUGAACCCUAACCCGAAAUGAGAAACAGUUAUUGUGUCGACUGAUCACUUUUCAUACGAACAUAAAUUGAAAUUAUUACUGACAAAGCUUAGUCUUGUUUCCAAAUCUUUGUCAUCAUUUUCAAAUAUGAUGCCACCAUCAAGAUUAUUGAGAGGGAACCACCACGAUUCGUGUUGAUCACAUUUAAUGGAGCCCUCGAAAGGCUUUGAAUGAGGCAAUAAAAUGUUGAAAUAGGAUGUUGUUCAUCUGUUUUAUUUAAGUGCUAUUCCUUUCAAUCGAUCUCUAUUCAUUUAGCAAGAUAACACACUCGUGAUCUGUAAUUUGAUAUUUAUUUAGAGUAUUCAAUGUAGUUUUUAAGGGGAAUUUUUUCCCAGAAUAAUGAGUAACGUAAUCCACUAUAUGUAACAGAUGAGCAAUUGUUUAAAGAAAUGAUUCGCUAAGAGGGUCAAAUGUGUAAAGCAAACGUAACAGUUUAAAACAUUCCCUGUGUCUUGGUGUAGUUGGUGUUCCAAAAAAACAAACGACACAGUAUGUAUUUUGCGAUGAAUCCGAAAACAAAAUCAUUUCCGCUUGCUUCUGUCAUUGGUUUAUCAUGUGAUACCACUUUCACUUUCGAUCGGGAGUUAAAUACUCCUUAGUUUAACAUUAUCUUGUGUGAAAACUAAAUUUUUUUUAAAAAUAACUAGAAAUCGUGUAAUGUAAAUAUUACUUGACUCAACGAAUUAUAAUCGUUGCGUACAUGCACUCAUUUUUCAAUCCUCUCUUCUUGUGUUGCGGCUUGUGUUUUUGAGGUAGUAUUGCUGUUAGCGAGAAACAAAUUUGACCUUUAUUUCGGUGUCGCGUUUGCUACACUCACCUUACAUUAAUAUGAUUUUACUUAGGCAAAUAAUUCGGUAUUAGUUGAUCAAGCUAAGGUUUAUUCUGAGAUGGAUAGAGAAGACUAUUUAUGUGAGAUCUUUUCUUUCUAUUUUAAAGCUUAUCGAAGACGCUGUCUGGGUACAUUUUGCUGUAGUCUGACCUAGUUCUGUUUUUUUUCUUUCAUGAGACCCUUUUGCUGUAUGAAGACCAUCAAACGGUUUGUUCGUUAUACGGCCCUAUGUCCAGUUUUAAUCCUUUUAUUUCGAUUGUUUAACCUCAUCGUGGAUGGAGUAAACAUUCAGCUUAGCGCCACUGCAAUCAUAAUAUUGGUUGUAACUACUUUAAUUGGUGCGGUAUUUCUGCGUAUUGCUAAGUACCAGCUGGCACGGUGUUUGAGACUUUGCUUCCCUGUCACUUGUGGUCACAGAAAGUUAGUUUUCACCGGCAGAAGUUCGGAGACUCUUAAAAACAUCCUAAUGUCAGUGGACAGUGAUGUACCCUCCAGUAGUAAAGUUGAAGAGUUCCAAAAAAGAAACGCUCUACCCUAUCUGGAAGAUUUCAAAAGUUCUCUAGAGAAGUAUGUGGCAACAACAACACCAUUCCAGUAUAUUUUCACAGGGAGCGUAGAAGAGAGAUUCAGCUUCCCGCUAAUGAUGGUAAAGGAUGCUCGCUGUGUAUGUGGAUUGUGUCCAUCCUAUGACAUUGGCCCUUUAACAUCAGAUCUAGACGUCAUGUUUUUCUGCGGAGAACAUAAAGCUUCAUUUGCAGGUCAAGAAGAUAUCUUCGUCGAGUAUCUUAUUCCCGAGAAUAACGGUUUCACUGGCUAUGCUAAACUCACUCAGCUCACUCCUGGCUUCCAAGAGCGUGUUCUAAGUUCUGAAUUUGUCAUGCACAGAGCAAGAAAGGCCAUUCUUUGUACACGUGCUCUCAAUCUACCCAGUAUUAGAGAGUGUUGUGGAUUGAACAUGUGCACUCAAGUAACACUUCAUUCGAAAGGCCCAGCGAUGAAAUUUCGCAUGCUACCUGUUUUCGAAGCUGACAUUACAGUUUCUGUCCAGUGCCCAGAGUGGCCAGCUUUGAGUGACUGGGGCAACCGAGCGAGAUUUUGGCCCAGCAUAGCUGACGUACACAGAAUAAUGUCACUUGGCUGUCAUCUGGUGGCCAAACCAGCACCAAGUGAUAAGAAUAAAACAAGUUGGCGAUUCUCAUUCUCUUUAGCAGAAGUUGAACUCUCAAAACUUGUCCCAGACACAGCAAGGAAAUGCUUCAUGGCUAUGAAAAUAAUCUUGAAAGAUCAUCUUCAACCAGUUUGGCCAGCAAUCACAUCUUACCACUUGAAAACCGUAUUCCUAAAUACUCUGGAAAAGGUUCCAGUGGGUUUCUGGAUUGAGGAUAACAUAGAAGAAUGUUUUAUGACGUUGCUAGCUGAGCUUCGUGAUGCUUUUCAUUCCAGGAAUUGUCGCCAUCAUUGGUUCAGUUCCGUUAAUUUGUUCGGUGGAGGAGGGUCUUCCUUUUGCUUUUUUUCCAACGCCAAACAAUUCCAAAUUUUGGGUAACAAGGUAGAAAGAAUCAUGUGCAACCCUGCGCCAUUCCUUUUUGACAGUGGUUGUUGUUGUCUCUCGCCAUGUUGUCUCCGAGUGCCACAAAACAACUUCAGCCGAAGAAGCACCGAGCAGCUGCUUGCUGAGUAUGAAGAAGUUGCCUUUCCUAGAAAUGUCCAAUGUUCCGCUCAAACUCACGAUCCCGUCAGCUAUUCAUUACUUGGUUCCUCGUCUCCCAGGUCUGAAGCCGAGCCUCAUCUCAGCCGUCAGUGCACUGAUGAUCAACAACAGUUGAACACAACUGGGCCAGAUCAUGUUGUCAUCUCUCUUCCUCAAAAACACCUUCAUGAGGAGGACCACACUUCCCACACUGGUUGUGAUGAAGACCGAGAGUAUUUGGUUCCCGUUUUAGACGUUUGACAUCAUUUGAACAUACUUACAAAAUACUAACGACAAUUUUUUUAAAUCAAGGAACACAUAGGCUUGUUAAGAAGUUUAUUUCAAACAAGUAAGAUAAAUCGGCAAGUUCAGACGAUGUAUAGACAGAUAUUAUUCGACAAAGCAAGCAACUAGCAAGCAACAUUUACUUUUACAUUGACAUUAAUCUGCAACUUACAUGGUUUUAACAUUGAUUUUUUAUUUUAAUUUUGUAUUCAUUUUUGUGGAGCAUGGAACAAAGAAAAUCAAAAUGACAUUAUGGUGAACUCGUGGAUAUACUGCAGAAUUAAAUCAGAAUAUACCGUCAUGUUACUAAAAGCUAAGGAGAGUUUGCUUAGUCAAUCCAAAAACGUCGACACCUCUCUUGCUGUAAAUUUAUUCAUUUUAAUAUUUUGUGAUUAAUUAUAAUAGUAGUAAUGAUGAUGAUGAUGAUGAUAAAGAUUUUGUUUCAGGAGGGUGGUACUUAAUAGCCAAAGACCAAUAAACUUGUGGCCUUACAAGUAUUACCAAACUUUUACAAAGGGCCAAUGACAAAUAAAAACUAACUGAAACAAUCGAUCUAUCUACAAUUAUAUCAUUACCCAUUACAAAUAAAAAAGUAAAACAAA